AGACAGAAAUUAAGAGUGACAAUGGCACUGCUCGGCGACGACGGUCGUGGCUUCGAUCUAGCCAGAAAACUUGAAGUUUCCGGCGUGUGGCGGACAUGGCUCGGCGAUUCUAUUUACUCUUCUUUCCACCAUUAUCUUUCUUCUCCUUCUACCUGGGAAGCUUUCAUGCGCGUUGAUGAGUCCAAGUCUAGGGCUCAGAUUCAGCUCCAGCUCCGCGUUCGUGCUCUCUUAUUCGAUAAAGCCACCGUCUCUCUUUUCCUUCGAUCCAAUACAAUCGCCGCUUCUUCAUCAUCCUCUGCUUCCAUUUCUGAUGUCUCUUCCGUCGCGGUGUCUAAGCUCAAUCCUAAUUAUUUACAGCUACACGGAGAUGAUGUGUACUACACGUUGGAGAAUGCUUCUCUUGAAAGUGGGUUUCAGCGAGAGGGAGGGAUUCGCCACAAUCCGAGCUUAACCAAGAGCCUAUCGAAGCCAAGUUUUACCUCUGGGACAAGAGGUAGUGAGUCUGAUUUUAGUAAUCUUUCUCAAAGGUCGAGGUUUGAGGAGUUACCAGACACUUGGUACACUCAGUUUAUUUCAAGGUAUGGUUUUAAGUAUGGAAUGUCUGUUGGAGGACAAGAAUCUGAUAAACGCACACCUGAAGGGAUGUCUACUUACCUUAGAGUUGUAGAUACUCAUAAGAGAAAGCGUGCACCUUUUUUAGAAGAUCGAAGUUUAGCUCAUAUGAGUAGAUCUAGUACACAUCCUAGUUCUGGCUUUGAUGGAAGUACUUCAGAAGAUGAUAUACUUUUUCUUCCGGAGACAAUGUUUAGAAUGAACUGUGUACCUGAGACUGCCCUUUCGCCGAUUACCAGAACACAAGACAACUUAAAAACAGAAUUCUAUGGGGUACUUGAUACUUUACCGCAAGUUACUACCAGGAGUCAUAUUAUGAUCGAGAGGCUUGGGCUGAUGCCUGAGUACCAUAGAAUGGAAGAAAGAGGAGUUUUACGCAGUAGAAAAGCUGAAAAAAUGGGUUUUAGUGACGAUCAAGCAGCUCUGGUGUCACGGAAAGUUGUUGCACGCAUGCUUCUGACGAUGGGAUUUGAAGGUGCCACAGAGGUUCCGAUUGAUGUCUUCUCUCAGUUGGUUAGCCGACAUAUGAGUAAAUUAGGCCGUAUUUUGAAGCUUCUUACUGACAGCUACAAAAAAGAGUGUUCAGCAAUGCAGUUGAUUAAGAUGUUCCUUAAUACUACGGGAUAUAGUAAUCUUGGGAGUUUAGCAGAGAUUGUUAAGGAUGGUACUAGGAAUCAUCCUCCCCCAAAUCAGAAACAACCACAAGUGCUUCAGCAACAGUUACAUCUGCAGCAACAAGCUUCUCUCCGGUUACCGCAACAAAUUCAGAGGCAAAUGCAUCCACAGAUGCAGCAAAUGGUUAAUCCCCAAAAUUUUCAGCAGCAGCAACAGCUAGAAAGAAUGCGUAGGCGUCCAGUUACAUCACCGCGACCCAACAUGGAUAUGGAAAAGGAUCGGCCGCUGGUUCAGGUAAAGCUAGAGAAUCCUUCUGAAAUGGCAGUAGAUGGAAAUGCCUUUAACCCUAUGAACCCAAGACACCAGCAACAGCUACAGCAGCAACUCAGACAGCAACAACAAAUUGCUGCCAUGUCGAAUAUGCAACAACAGCCGGGCUAUAACCAAUUCAGACAAUUGGCUUCAAUGCAAAUUCCACAGAUGCAAACACCCACACUAGGAACUGUCAGGGCUCAACCCGUUAAGGUUGAAGGAUUCGAACAACUAAUGGGAGGGGAUUCUUCUCUUAAACAUGACUCGGAUGAUAAGCUGAGAUCUCCACCUACCAAAUAGCAUUAUGUACAGAGACAAACUACCCUGACCAAGGUACUUAUUUGUGUUGCACUUGUACACAAAGUCCUGUUAGUUUAACUUUUUGGGUCAAUAUAUUUAUCUGAUAUUCAUCUGUGUUUAGUUAUCCUCAUGUGUAAAAGAGAGAAUCGGAUUAUAGGUUGACAUCUUGUGGAAUCACCAAGUUUUUGAAUAAAAUUAACAUUGGUUAUC